AUGAAGGUCCUCGCCGCCACCAUGCUCCUCGCCGCACUCGCCGGCACCGCCCUGGGGGCAGCCUGGCGAGGCUCGACAUAUGGGACAUAUGGCACGGUUUACUCGGCCCAGGUAUGCGCCGCCGCCGCGGCCUGUGGACCCAGGGAGUACUGCUGCGGCACGGGCAGCACCCGCUACUGUACAACUCAGCGCAAGAUGGGCCAGGACUGCGAUGGUCCGGCGUAG